AUGUACUCUCCAUUACCAUAUGCAGCAGCCCAGGGGCUUAUAGAAAUCCCAUACAUUGCUGUUCAGACAUUGGUGUUUGGCUUGAUAACAUAUUUUAUGGUCAACUUUGAGAAGACUGCGGGGAAGUUUUUUCUCUAUCUAUUGUUCAUGUUCCUAACCUUUACCAACUGCACCUUUUACGGAAUGAUGGCGGUUAGUUUUACAGCUUCACAACAGCUAGCUGCUGUUAUUUCUUCAGCUUUUUACUCCCUGUGGAAUCUUCUUUCCGGUUUUCUUAUCCCAAAAGCGAAUAUUCCGGGUUGGUGGAUUUGGUUCUAUUAUAUCUGCCCUGUUCAAUGGACAUUACGCGGUAUUAUAACAUCUCAGCUUGGUGAUGUGGAAACAACAGUUGUGGGACCAAGAUUCAAAGGCACUGUGAAAGAGUAUAUAUCUGCAACUCUUGGAUAUGAUCAGAAAAUGAACAGAAUAUCGUCUGUAGGUCUUUCAGUGAUAGUCCUUAUUGCAUUCAAUAUCCUAUUCUUUGGUAGUUUUGCUACAUCUGUUAAAGUUUUUAAUUUCCAGAAGAGAUAA